AUGUGUCGGGGUGUACAAUUUAAAUUUCCCAAUAACCAUAAACCCCACCCCUCGCUCAGCUGCGCUGCCACGACCUUCACUAUUGCCGUUGCGGUGGCGGACUGGCGGCUCGAAUCAAUCGGCGGCGAAAGGCAUUGCCACUGCGCAAAACCAGCAGGAGCUCCGGCAACGACUGGACACCAGGAAGCUCAUAAACAAGGCAGGAUGCCUCACAGAGCUCGGCCUAUGACAGGACUUCUGGUAUUUGUUGGGCUAAAUGCUGCUUUGGUCUCUACAAUAGAGCCUGUCUAUGAUUUUGUGUGCUUCCUUCCGUAUUGGGAACGAAGGAGAGAUUGUCGACGGAAGGACCUUGAAGCUACCUUGGGAAAAGAUUCUGGCUGAACUUAACUGUUAUAGUGACACCAGACUUUGCCAACAGGUUCUCUAAUUCAGUUGUCAUGUUUGUGAUAUUGUCUUUGCUGCUACUGAGAGAGGGGUCGGAGUCCAGUUCACAAAACAUGGAAGAUGAUGAGAAACACUGACAGAAGAAACGUUUGGAAACACAAAUAUUGAAGUUGUAGGUAUUCCUGUUCUUGUGCUUCAUAUCAUAUCAUAUUCACUAUAUGUGGCUUCUGUGUACAGCCAGAACAUAUGGACAUGAAUUAGAGAGUUGAAUGAAUUAGUAUGGACAUUUGUACCCAAACAAAGUAUUAUAGAAAGAAAUAGGUUUUAGAUUUGUCCUAUUAA